AUGACGUGCUCAUCAAAUGCUGGUGCACUCCAAGUUGAACUCAUCAGUGACGAGGAGCAAUCCCUGCCCUGGUUCUGCCACCUGCGGGCGGCACGACAUCUUUGUGAGCAAAACACAGAGCUUCAACCCUUCAGCCCGGAAACUGGGACGACAACAUCGAAUGUGACUAGCACAACUUCCGUUCAGCAAGCUCACAAGUGUGCCCACCGCAGUCGAAGCCCUAACUCGCUCUGGGGACCAAUCCGAGUGUGCCUCUCAAAGCCGGUAGAAGCAGGCAUGGAGCUACUUGUCUGGCCAAGCCCCGCCUUCUCCCUCAUCUGCGAACUUCCUGUACUCCAGCCAGAGAACAUUGUUGGUAAUCAGAGUAACGUAGCCCUUCGUCUAUUUACAGUGUUCGCAACCUCACUCCAGCGCAUCAUGCAUUAUGAUAAAUCUCACGUAUUUUUGAACCAUCACGAUGCGCUAAAUUUCGUGGCCUUGAAGGCUGCCAAAUGACGAGAUAACUCAGUCAUCGUGGUCAGUACUCUGUGCGUAUACUGGGUGACUGGCCUGAGAACGUUGAGUUAAGCUUAAUGCCCCCUUCUUAAUGUGGCAUAUAUAGUACUCCCGCCAAGAGGGGCUCUUAGUCGUCCCCCUUGUUCUAGGAAAACCUAAUCCAUGCCCAUGGGGCCAGGUCGUGGGCGGCUUGUUUAGGUUUGUCAUCCACUGUGCCCGCGUUCUCUUCCGGUAGUCGUGGUUCUGGCAAGACGGAUGUGUGAUGAAGGAGGGUGAGGCAGAUGCACCGCAAGCCCACAAGCAUUAUAAACUAGUUUGUACGCAAGUCACCGCCCAUGCAAUCACCGAGCUGCCGGAUAUACGGUGGACAUCGUCGCAUGAGACGGUCAAACUGUCGGAGAGUGUUCACAAUUGAUCACAAAGUCCACAUAACUAGCGUUAAAUGGAUUUAUAUAAUGCAGUUGGGUCAGCGUAACAUAACUGCCGAGUACUGAGCGUUAGUUAACCGCCUGAGUUUUAAAUAUUACUGUCGAAGCCCAACAGAGAAUAGGGAAGUGUAACCUUACUAUUUUUAAUGUGCAAUAAAAAUUUUGACCUGGCAUGCAUUCAGCUCAAACGUAACUCGGGGAAAGUAGCGUAACAUAGCAAGUCUGAUCAAAUGAAAUAACUAUGAAUUCCCUAAACGCUCAACUCGAUUAAAAAAGUGGAUGAGGAGGACAAAUCCGAUUCUGUGUGAUGACUGAUACUGCAAGUUAUGUAGGAAGGCAAGGAAUAUUAGUCUACAAUGACAUUCCUUAUAAUAGCCCUAUCCACUGAGAACUUGCCGAAAUUUUUCUUCUGAACAGAAAAAAUGAUAUGGGUUUUAACAAAGGUCAAGUGACCUUGCAUGUAUUUUCAUAUGUCCUGAAUUUUUCAAAAGUAAUUACAAGGAUGCGAUAUACCCUUUUUCUGAUUCAUGCGAACGAAUUGCGAACAUGGCAAAAUCUUCCCGGAUGUUUAUCCUGCCAAAGUGCAGUAAUCGUGGGAAGUUUUCAAAACGUCUAAGCAGAAUUGGUUCCCAGCAGUCAGGGCAUAAGAACAUGGACUCCCCUUCCUCCCCCCCUCCCCCAAUGCUACAGGUGGCCUCUCGCCAAAUCCCAAGGGGGAUUCCCAUUCCUGUAUUCUAACAUUUACCACAACCCUAACCCUUCUAGACCAGACCUCAACUCUAGCAAUAAACCUUACCCCGCUUGGAAUCCAGGGCAAGGCCAUCUGUCAUACGGGGGUCCAUAUUCCUGUGCCCAACUGAGGAUAUAACUUAGGCUGAAAUUUGGAAUUUUAAUUGUGCUGCCCAAUUGCAGUUGCCACGCUAAUGAGUAUGGAGCAUGUCCAUCCACCAGAUUUCUCGAUGUGAAGGCGGCAGUUUAAUAGGGUUUUUUUUCCUUCACGCCAUCUAGGGCCGUCAUCUUAUGUAUGCACCCACUGCGGAGGCGUCUUAGAAUAUCCAAAUGAGCUGAAGGCCCACCUCAAGCUUUCCGGGUGCUCCCAGCUGGCGUUUCUUCCAGCCGCCGAACAUUCCCUCCGAUCUCCGCCUGCCUCAUCUUCCUCCCCGACGACUAUUGAGGCCUACUCCACGGCGCAAACAUCCAAAACCCGCCUUACAACUGGCAGCUCAAUAAAACACUGGUGUUCCUACUGUGGCAAGCACUAUGUCCGCAAGUACAGUCUCAUGAUCCACCUUCGCACCCACACGGGCCACAAGCCGCUGCAAUGUCGCGUCUGCCAUCGGCGUUUUGGCGACCCCAGCAAUUUAAACAAGCACCUUCGUAUCCAUGCUGAUGUUGUACUCGGGGUGAGAGACUUGCGUCUGAGAAAUCCCUACGCGUGUAAACUGUGCGACAAGAACCUGGUACGCAGGCGUGAUUUUGAAAGACAUAUGCGCAAGAAGCACUGAAGGCCCUAAUUCUCAUCAUUUGUCCUACUUUCUAUCGCGCUUCUUUUUUACCGACUCCACUUACAUUUUUUAAGAUCCUUCUAAUAACUGCGUAUUUUUAUUGGCUUUUUUGUCAAAAUACAUUGAAAAAAGACAAGAAAUGGGUUUUACUUCAAAUUUUCGCACGUUGCGAGCAAAUUUGUGCUCUCACAGCGGAGUAAGCCCCGUAACACUAACCAUUUCUGAUUGGUUGUCGGUUUCUCGGCAGCAACCCAGCAGCGGUGCGAAAUCUGACCAGUGGAAAUACGCGUGUCUUAAGAAUUUCCCUUCUCCGGAUGACCUUUUGGCUAUGAAAAACGUGUACAAUGGUUUCGGUAAAGCCUUGACAGACUUAUAGAGUUUGCCACCAUGUGAAUACUCACAGCACGGGACUGCGACAGAUACUUGACGGAGGCCACAUAUUCUAGUCAGUCGACCAUGUUAUUCGUCUAGACUAGCGAAAAUAGGGGACCAACGGACAGGCAACUUCACCUUUCGAGGCCGCAAGUGGAUGUACCCUAACCGAAAUUCCGAGGACGAGUCCCGUUUAAGAGGAGGUGGCAACCUGCGCAUAACUGUAUGAGUGUCACUCGAGAGUCAGUUUAUGCGUCACUUUUGGUGUUGCUUGAAUGAUUCACUAGUUUGUGGACCCCGUAGCGUCAGUGCACUUGAGGAAUUGCGCCCCCGUGCAUGUGAUAAACGUGCGUGUCAACAUGAUGACUUCAGUCGGCGUGGUCGCCUACUGACUUGGGCACUCCGAUUGGUUCAUCCUUAGGGCGAGAAAAUGAGCAGGGAACAGUUGGAGCGGUGGAAAUAAUGGGCGUACCUCAACAGUUAGGAUUAGCGGAACCAGCCAGUGGUGUGUGCCGAGCGCAUGCCGGUGUGUCUUGCGCACCAUGCGCCCAGGCGCACAUGAGUGCGUAAAUUGACAGCUAGUGAACGUGCCAGGGUUUUCCUCCUGAGUAUUUUAUCGACGCCUGGCAUUGGCUGAUCGGGCCAGUGUGUUGCCGACAGUCAUCAUGGUCAUGUCUGGCGUCCUUGUUCAAGGCCCUGUUACCUCAGGGUCAUCCACUUUCGCAACGAGCCACUCGACCAACUUGAACUCGGACGCACGUGCGUCCACAGAGUCGCAGCUGCCCCCCCCCCCCAAACGGGCAACGUGGUAGAUGCGCUGGACCAACACGAGGGUCAUACCGGAUUCUGGCAGGCGUUAUCGGAUUGCGCACUGUAACAAAUGCCGACAUUUCGGGGCGCGGUGGCAGACCCGGUUGUCGACAGAUGUCGUUGCUGUUGAUUAAAAAAACCUGGUUAUUUCCUGAGCGGAUCAGGGGGUGCGGAGUGGAAUGCAAAGGUGCAGGCUCGACCGUGCCAUCCACCCGCGAUCUCCCCAGCCUCCGGUCCUCUUGACUCUGUCUUGACACGGGGUCCAGGUGGCUAGUGGAGAACGGUAGAUGCUGCGCAAGUCUACAAUCACUAUAAACUAAUUCACACGUAAGUCAGCGUCCCUGCUCCCACCCUACUGUGGAGCACACUGUGGACAUCGUCGAAAUCGACGGUCGAACUGUCGGAGCUGCCCAUGCGCCACUUGAACACACCACCCCCUACGAACGCAAUACAAGCCAUUUGAACACCGCCCCUCGACAAAUCAACACACAGCAACCGAACACAACUUCAGAUUGCCCCACAAACCUGUAAAACCAACUGCCACCAUCACUGUCUCAGGGACUGUCGAGCAUGAUUGGGUGGAGUCAACACUAACCCUGGUCUCAACAGCGACAAUUGUCGUCUGAGAAGUUAGCCCAGAGUUCUGAAUACGAUAAACCCCUUAAUUUGGCGACUUCUGUCUUCUUACAGCACGGGGUUUGACCUUAUGAUUGCAGCGCUCUGAGCUCACACCCACAGCUUUGCUGCUACAAGUCAACUCUCAGUCUGUUUGCCUUCUCCUACAGACAAGUACGCGGUGACCUUGUAUUAACGCUCCGUAUUAUAAAUGGCCUAGACUCUUACUUAGUUCCCAGUGCUUAUUUCACUCAAGCUGACACACUCCCUUUGCGCGAUCAUGCCCUAAAACUGCGCGCGCGUAAGGCAAGGAUCAAAGGACGAAAGUUCUUUUCCGGUAACAGGGAGGUUGCAGCGUGGAAUGCCCUGUCUAUCGAUGUUGUACUCUCCUCCUGUGUGGAUUCAUUUAAUUGUAGAUCCGCCCUGUGUCAAACUUCCCUGUUACCAGACACACAUGCGCCCCCACAGCCCGUCAACCAAACCGCGUAUGUUGUACUACUUACAGUAAGUGAGUAGCCGUUCACGUUUGUCCUUUUCGACUAGAUGACAACUGCCUGCCUUGCGCAUACACUUAUGUACAAAGUCUCCUUCUCAACUUUCCACUUAUCGAUGCUUUUCUCAGACGAUUUUCAACCGAUAGGGAGUUCAAAGGCGUUCGCCUGUAUUUCCUUUAAUAAAACUGAACUGAACCGAAGUGCUGCGAAAAUUCCCAUUGUAAAAUUCAAAAGGCAAUUUGGCGAACAUACGUCUGCUUUCGAUAAAUUCUCUUCAAUCCUGCACAUUUAUAUGGCUAUUGAAGUAAUGAAUUAAAAGAUAGGGGCAAGUAGAUAAUUAAACUGUAGCUCGGAUUUGGAGAGGGGAGGGGAGGGGAGGGGGAGAGCGAAACACCACAAUUCAAUUCAGCGCCAGGGAGAAGGUGGGUCUCGACGAGGGUAAUUACAUACGGGUGGCUGGCUUGGCGGCUUUAAGCCAUGGCAACUGUGGGACCUGUAUGAAGUUCAUCUGUGCGCAUAAGACCGGUCCGCGUAGCCUGAUUGCGGCCGCCUCUGCCGUAGCCAACAAGCGCUGCCCAAGUAGUUUUGGCUAGCUUGAUGGGACUUUGUAAAUCACUCUGAAGGCCCCUCUGGCGUCUACACGGUGGUCCGUGUCUACCAUGUGCACGAGGACCGAGCUGUUUAUGUUCUUUAUUUGACCCUUUCCUACCAUGCUGGAAGAUAUUCUUUUAUUCUUUUGAAUAAACGCCGACUCGUGCGACCAAUAUAUUCUGCCCCACAGGAGCUGGUGAAAGAGUAAAUACACAUAGAGGUGGUCUGAUCUGGUAGUUUUUCCUUGCCCUCCCGUAUAGGAUGGGACUGGUGGCGAACAGUACACGGGUGUCAGCUGCUGGAAAGGUCUGUGAUACAGCUUGAGUUAGACGUCUUAUUAAGAGUUCACUUGGUGCACCCCCUUGAAAUGGGACCCUGAUGAAGAGCCUUUUCCUUCCUGCCGUCAGUAUCGGGGGCUUUUGUGGUCUUUCGGCCAUGUUCUUAGCAAUGAAUCGAUCAUGAUACCCGUUUUGGCGAAAGAGGCUGUCGAUAAUCUUAAGCUCUUUCUCAACGCUAUCAACUGAGCAGAUUCUUAUCACUCUGUUAAACAACGGACUAAAUUACGUUUAACGUUUAGCGGUACGAAACUCCCAAAAUGGGUAUAUUGUCCGCACCACGUUUUCUUACGAUAUACGCUACGUCGAAUGCUGCCGUCAAGUCUUAUACUCAGAAACACAUCCAGAAAGGGAAUGAACUGGACUGUUCUUCUUCCAGAGUGAAUUUUAUUGAUGGGUGCGCCUGAUUUAUGUCAUCCAAUAGAAUUGAGAUGCCACUUUGUUUCGGUGCACUUGACAAUAUAUCGUCCACAUACCCGCCCAUAGUAUCUUAAAUUGUUGAUCUGGUACGUAGCUGGAAAGCUCCUAACUAUCUCAUGAAUAUAAUCGUCAAAAGCGGGCCAAGGGGAGAGCCCAUUGCUACGCCGUCCAUCUGCCUAUGUAGAUUGUUGUCGACUAGGAACUGCACGUUCAAGGCACACCUCAAUAACAAUUCCUUGAGGGCAUUCACUGGUAUUCCUAUAUCCUGUUCAUUGUCGGCAAUGAAAUCACGAAGGUAGUCGACUGUUUCUGUUACCGGUACGUUCGUAAAAAGGGAUGAGACGGCUAAUGAAAACAUGGAAAGAAGACCAUGCCUGAUAAUUCAAGAGCUUCCCGAAUGCGCAGCUGGUGGGAGUCUAGGCAGACCUAGGUCACUACAAAGGUCUCCUUAACUAAAUUCUGCGGUCCACUGAGGAAGUCAAGGUGCUCAAGAUAUUUAAAUUUUGGGUAGUUCUCAGUCGACAUAUCGGAUUGUCCACGCCUGCAAGUACUCAAGGUAAUGCUAACUAGUCAGGAACUAGUUAGACAUAUUCUUUCACCAGCUGGGGCAUUUUUUAACCGGUUCACACACCAACAGAGAGAAUGAAACGCUGAACAUUAAUUCGGGAACUGAAAAUGGGAUUGCAAAAGGGGUAAAAAAAAGUCUAUCCAUUUACAACAACCAGAAAAGCGCACGCCCUUCCAUAUUCCGAUGGACGGAGGCAAUUCGAAUGAAGGUACGGUUGGUUCAUUAAAUGGGAACUCGAACUGCACUCUAGCCAAUCACCCCAGAAAAUGAAACCCAGGCUUAUGUACACCAGGGUACAGAGUAUUCUGUCUAAGUUAAAUGAACUGAAAGUCCACAUCUGUGACCUCGCCAUUAACGUCAUCUUUUUCACGGAAACCUGGUUGUCUGAAAACGUCGCUGACCGCGAAUUGGUACUACUUAGAUCUCGGAAAGAUAGGACAUGACGCCAGGAAGGAGGAGUGCUUACUAUUUAAAAAAUGGACUGCUUGUGGAGAAAAACUUACACGCCACACAAUAAAGGUGCAGAGAUCGAAAAAGCCUGAAGUUCUGACGGUCCAUCGUCCACCAAAGAAAUAAUCCCAAGGCUAAUGCUGAUUUGAACUAGAAAAAUUUGUUACUCGGUUUGACGACUUGGUCAUGGAGACUUUAAUGCAUCACUCAUUGAUGGGAGCUCAAUUUACAAAUGAGAUUCAGAACUAGCCUCUGACUGACGUCUAGUAAAUAUGACGCUCAUGUUAUUCGCCACCCAGCACGUCUUGCUUCCCACGCGGGUGCAUUAGGAGGAACAGUCAGAUUGUAUGUAUGCGAUAAUCACGAAAUCGCUGGAUAGCAUUAACAAAGUGCAAUGUCUGCUUCCUCUAGUUCGAAGCGACCCUGUUGUAGUACUCUGUAGUAUUCCAUCCUUUUGAUACCCGCACAGUCCUCUAGGGUAAUGAGAAACAUUUGACGUGGCAAAGUCGGCAAGAAAGUCGGGAAAUGUCAGCGGUUAGGUGAGUUACUGAACAUUCCCCGCCAAAGUCACCGUCACAUUUCGUGGGAGUGGCUGAUACAGGCACUGAAAAAGAAGUGAACAAAGAACGAAUGCUGUUGAAGAAAUUUCUCGCUAGCAGAGACCCUGUUUUGAUGAAUACACGUAAGGCACAGAAGGAACUUAUUUGAGCAACUUAUCCUCAGAACACAGCAAGAGUUCGAAAAAGACCCACUGAGGCGUGCCGUUUGGAAUCCGAAUCUAUUCUACGGUUACAUAAGGAGCAGCCUGCACAACGGAAAUCCCAUUCCCCUAUUGAAGCCGAGUGGAGACCUAGAAAUCAGUAAAUACUAUGCAAAAGCAGAGUACUUUUCGUUAUUUUUAAGUCCAUGAUUACGAAAAAAAGCAAAUUUAGUUUUUCUGACUACCACUUGGGGAAGGACCCACAAUCCAGACUAUAUAUUUUGCCGAAAAAAUGUUUGUAAAGAGCUGUUGACGCUGAAUUAGUCAAGAUAACCCGAUCCGGAUUAUAUAUUGCCUAAACUGCUGAAGGAGCUCGUUCUAGAACUAGCCAACUCACCCUCCGUGCGUUUAACAACCUCGUUCGAAGCCGGCUGCUUACCUGAUGAUAGGGAAUCUGCACAAAGGAGGCAGCAUGCUCUCUGAAAACAACGAUUGAGUAAUCAGUCUCAGUUCAAUCUGCUGUAAAGUUCUGGAGAAAAUUAAUGAGGCGUAAUCUAAUGCGCUUCCUAGGGCAAAAUAGUUUACUUACCGAUGUCCAGCUUGGAAUCUGUAAAGGUGGGUCUUGCAUGACAAACUUACCCUACUGUUUAGAACGCUGGACUCGCUCAGCUUAUGGAGGGAAUGCGUUGCAUGCAGUCUAUGCUGACUUUAGGAAGGCACUCGAUAAUGUACCACAUGAGCAACUCCUGCAGAUGCUCGACCGAGCAGCCGUUAGGGGUAAUUUCCUGUGGUAAAUUUGUAGUUACCUAAUGGGUCGCUCUCAAGUUAUCCACCUAGGUUACCAACAGUCGGCGGAGGUUGCGGUUGAGAGUGGUGUUCUCCAGGGCUCCGUUCAUAGUCCUACCUUGUAAAUUAUAUACGUCAACGAGUGCACCAAUAACCUGGACUGUGAUGUCGCCAUGUUUAAUAAUACUAAUAAUGUUUUCCGAUGAUAUCAGUCUGUGGAACCUCACUCAACAUGAAGCCGACAAAGAGCGCUUCCAGACGAGCCUAAACUGACUCGAACAGUGGUCCAAUAACUGGUUUUUGCUGUUCGGUGAGAUAAAUCGCAGCAUUCUGCGAGUCGGAAAAUAGCAUACUAAUGUAAAAAAUGAACGUUCAUGAAUGCCUUGCUGUGUGGAUUUCGAUUUCACCUACACCAUCGUUGCAUUGUUCGAAGGUAGCCAUGUCCAGGAUGUCAGUCCUGUACCUCGUAAAGUGGGCGUUCUCCACCUUUGGUGAAUAUAGCUUCGGUAAAGCCUUUAGAUUGUUUGUUUGGCCGCAAUUAGAUUUCACCUUUAAAACCUGAAACUCCUAGGGCGUGAAGGACCUCGGCAUCAAGUAAACAGUUCAAAAGCGUCCAAACAAACUUAUAGCGGGACAGGGUUCACCAUCUUAUGAAACACAAUUAUCUAAUCCCCAUCUCCUUCCUUUGUGUUACGGACAGCUGACAGGCGGCCUGAUACAGACAUUUCGAACUAUGCGCGUUUGGGACCGCUGUCUUGUACCUAGUGACUUUUUUCGAGUUAGUAACCACAGCGGACCUGCGAGGGCAUCUACUGAAAUUGUGCAUGACUGGGUCUCGGCUGAACACACGGAAAUUCUUCUUCUACAACAUAGGGAUUGAAGAUCGGGAUGGUGUGCCUGUGAGUAUCAUUAGGUCCACAUCUGUAUAAGCUUUUAAGUAAACUGGACCACCAUACACGUAAUUAUGCAUGAUAAUGCCAUCCGUCCGACGCCAUCUAGACACCAUGCGUAACCGUUUAUUACAGUUUCAACGCUACUGUGCAUAGUUCAGCAAUAUUUGUUUAUGAAAUUGUGUAUUUAUGGCUCCAACUCUCAUUUGCAGAAAGAUUUGCGCUUGAGAGAACUUUAUCUGCAGCACAUUAGUAUUCAAACUGACUGCAGAGAGCAAACAAGCUCCGUGGUGACAAUGGGUCGGUGUGCGUUCAAUCUUGAGAGAAUAAAUAUCCGAUCUGCAACGACAGAGAAUGGUUCGAUGAAGUGUUUAUGAUCCAUCUGGUAGACCACACUGGUGAACCCGCUACGCCAGCUGUGUCUGUACACAGGUUUGUGUUUCCGGUCUCAGCUAAUGGUCAGAGUUAUGAUUGGCUGAGUGAAGGCAAACAAACCCGAAACAGUUAUGCAUCAGUCUACCCUCAGACUCUGUCGUCUCCCUUCUGCUAUUACGGCUUAGCCGACUCCGGUCUGGUAAUCGGUUGUCUGUUCGUGACCCCUGUCAUAGGGCCCUACGACUCAUAAGAGGUUUGUUUGUCUCGGGAAGCCGGUGGAUCAACGUGCGCCCAUUCCUAAGUGAAUAUAUACACAUAUAUGACAAACGUAUUAUACCGUACUCCUAACAUAGGUACUACGGUAUUAUACCUUUGCCACACAUAUGUAAUACUACUUGUGGUGCUACUUGCUUAUAAGAUGGCAAAUUCCGUGAUUAUUCCACAGUAGUUGGUUGUCUUCGACUCAAAUGUUCAUUGAAAUUUCGGGUCUGACCAUAAAAACAUUAUGUCCCGGAGACUUAGCUCCAUGUCAUGCACUGAAUAAUUUCUGACAUUAUUCGUUUGAUAUGUAUGUAUUCGUGUGAAGAAGAGGCGAUCGCGGGGACCAUAGAUUUACUGGCCUGAAGUUUCGAAAUCCAACAGGCUUUCAUCGUCAGAGGUAGGCUCUGUACGAUGCCUCACAGAAUUUAUGGGUGUUGAGCGCACGGGCGUUCUGUCGUUCGUGCAGGAUGUACUGCGGGGCGGAAGUCAAUCGUUUUCAUGCUGGUCGGGGCAAACGCUCGUAUUGUCUUUGAUAUUUUUUGCCUGGUUGAUGUAUCCUUAUGCGAUUUUUCAUAUCUUUACAUUGAAGUUGCGAAUAUUCUCACGAAACGGUUCAGGCGAUCGCUUAGCGAACAUACGCGUGCUUUCAAUAAACCAAAGUCGGGCCCAAAAUAAAAGAAAAACAAAGUACAAAGUAAAACGUGUGAGAGAUAAGGGAAAUCGAUUACGGUUCGUCUUUUCAUACAAGCGGGGCGUUUGAAUAAGAGGGAGGAGGGGGUAGUUGGCAGUGAGAGUUAGGCAGGGCCGUGUCACAAGGAGAUUUCGAAGGGGGGCACGGAGACAUGAAUGCAAGGAGUCAACCCUUGGUCAUGGUAGACGCAAAGAGUGCAAGAGAUUCUUCUGCGCACAUGGACCAACCUCUGUAGCUUGAUGGCAGUCGCUCCUGUUGUUGCUAGUAAGCGCUGACCCAGUCGCUUACGAUAAUUAGGUAGGGCCUUGCAAAUCACACAGUAGGCUUCGUUGGGGUCCACAUGAUGCCAGAAUCGGCUAUUGUUGCGAGGAUGGAGUUGUGUAUGCUACUAAUUUCACCUUUCCUCAGACAUCUCGGCAUGUCUUCUCGUAUUCUUUUGGUAGGCGCCGACUCGUACAACCAAUAUAAACUACUUCACAGGAGCAAGCAAAGGAGUAAUUGCACAUGGAGGUGGUCUGAGCUGGCAGCAUAUCCUUACCUUCCCGCGUAAGAAGGGGUUGGUCGAGAACAGUACCUGUGCUCUUGCUGCUGAAGAGUUUCUUGAGACGGUUUGGUCAAUGCGUCUUUCCAGGAGUUCACUUGUCACGUCCCCUUGAAAGGGGGCUUUUUUCAGCAGAGUUUUCUUUCCGUCGUCGGUGUGAUGAGUUUGUCGGUCAUAGGAUAUGAUUCCCUACAACAAAUCUGUCAGGAUACCCGUUCUCGCGAAAAAGCUGUUAGAUUCUUCUAAGUUAUUCGUCAAUUCUAUCCACCGAACAGAUUUUUCUAGCCCUUUGCGUUAGACAACGGACUGGACUACGUUUUUGUUGAGGGGGCACGAAACUUCAGCGUAGGCUUCUUUCCGAUAAGCGCUUCUCUGCAUGCUUCAGUCAGUUCUUCUGCCUAGAAGAACGUCUUGGGAAGGCAGAGAGCCUGCCGUUUCCACCUUCAGCGUAAACCUGGUCGACUAGUAUGUUGAUUUGCAUCAUCAAAAUGGGUGGUUAUGCUGGUUUAUCUAGUGGCAAUUGCGAACAUAUCGCCUGCGCAGUGAUCGUUGUGCCUUAGCUUGCUGAUUUACCCGUUUAACUGAAAAUUCUCCAGCUUGCUCAUAAAGACAUAGAAAAGGGAAGGACUAGGAGGCGACCCCAUAGCAAUCACGUUUAUCUGUCUAUAUAUUUAGUUGUCAAAAGGGAACUGCACCUUUUGUGCGCAUUUUAGAAAUAGUUUCCUGGGUGCGUUCGUCAGAAUACGUAUUUUUGGUGGUUAGUUGACAUGAAUUCCAAUACGUACUCGACUUUCUCUGUAACCGGAACAUCUGUGAAGAGUGAUGAGAUAUCAAGUGAAAACAUCAUCAUACCAUUUAGGUCUAGGUCUUUAACGUGUCUAAUGAAUUCGAAGGUGUCCCGAUAGCUAUGUGGCGUUAGUCGAUACUGUACAUGUUUCAGUUUCCCUCCUAACCGUUUCACUUGCAAAAAGUAGGGAGUUCAACGGUGUGCACCUAAAUUCCCCACAACUAAACUGAACUGAUAUGAAUAAAAACCUGUAAAGUCUACAUGCGGUUAUCUGCGUGUGAUGCAGACCGAAGGGGUAGAUGACGAAUUGCUGGUGCACAAACAACCAUUUCCAGAUGUGCACUUUCACCCAUUUUCUAUCAGUGUCACGACAAUGACGGAUGAUUCCAUCAGUGUCACGGCCCUUUCACUACCGGAAUGCUGUUGGAACGCACUCGGACUGUACUUUCGCGUACAGAGUCUAAUUUCCAGUCUUUGCGUGUACAAAAGCAGGAGAUGAAGGGGCACAUAAUUAUAUUGCUCAUACGGAACUUGUUCUAACGUAGAUCGAGUCAGUGGUCUAGUUGCAUUGAGCUGAAGACGGCGCUCCUCCAACUUCACGCCGCCUCGGGUCGCCAGCAUGAUUCCGGCCUCGCUUGUCCGCACUUCGUCCCAGACUAUUCGGCCAUAUGCGAAUUUUCGAUGAAACAACACAGUCCAUACUCCAUCCUAGCGCCACACCUCAACUGCCCGCACCUGUACGCCAGUAAGCAACACAGGAACCUAUUCCACAACACGCGCAUACGCUUCACCACUUCCUUCUGGAGCAAAAGUGCUAUCCUUUUUGUCAGAGACGAUAUUACGGACGAAGCGUUAUGUGCAAGAACGCGCUCAUCUCACUUAGUAAGAAGAUAUUUUAAGGGAACUCAGAACGUGGGGUGAGGUUCUCGCCACGUGUAGCACGCGCAGACGGGCUGUUUUAUCUUUUUCAGCCACCAUGUCAACUUCAAUCACCAACUGGGUCACAGUCGAAAGGUAUGCGUAAGAUUAAGAAGAGAGUAAGAGUCCGACAGGAGCGAAUCGAUUUGCACAUUCGCACUUUAAUAAACCUGACACACUUUAAUUCCUUGCGACCAGCUAUCAGUCUUGCCAGGGAAAAUUUCCAAAUGGCGGGCUGCCUCUUCCUUCUUAGGACUGAGCGUCAGACUGCAAUAUCCUUUAUUUCAUGUUGCCUCUAUGGCAUACCCUAUUGUGUGAGAUCCGAGCCGCUCUUAUCAUAGCGCAAUAAUUUAGAAUGGGGAUCAGAUCGUGUGACACGACUAAGCACGCUUUUUAACUUUGCCAGCCAUAGCACCUGCGACAGUUCACCCCCCAUGGUCACCAGCGCGACUGCUUACCCAUCGCACGUUCGGUCAACCCAGCGCCUUCUGUGUGGCCCCUGCGUGGCGACAGAUUAACACCAGUCGACGUUGUGCCUCCCAUCGAUUGGUUGUAGGCUGCCAAAGCCCAGGUAAAUGCACGCUCCCUGUGCCGAAGAUGAAAAAACCCACGGUUGGCAUACGCAUUGCCUGAGAAAUCUUUGUCACUGUCUUUUCGGUCGCUUGUGCUUUCCUGUGCUUAAUAGAAUCGUCUAAACAAGUAUCUUCACCUGAUUUUAGUUUAGGGAAGUUCUCGUUGCCGACGCACCGACGUCCACCUCGGUUGGACUUGACUUUGUCCUGAGAUCGGAAAAGGGUGAUGUGAGAGUCCGAUAGGUGCAGAGCAAGUCCGACCCCUAUAAAUAAAUUCACGUGCUUGCCACCACUGCAGGUCCAACCUGGUAGGGCAACGGUGGACACUCGCCUACGACGAAGGAACGGUCGUAUAUUUACGGAAUGAUGCGCAUUCCAAGGAACGAAAGCUAAAUCCAAAUAAGUUGUUCAGGAGAGUGACAAAACGUGCUUCCGCACAUUUUCGACAUCGGUCCCUCUGUUCUGCUUCAAGCCAGAUCAUUACCGCCGGCCGGCGGGCUAAACCAGAUGGGGCAGUAGCUGUAACCUCUACAUACACCUCACUUGCUUGAAAUGCCCUAGGACACUCUGGUACCGCAUUAGAUUAGUUGACCGUAUGCGAUCCCAUAAUAGUGGAAUCCGUCGCGAUUUUACCACGACAAACCUAUUUCCUAUACCGAAAAACUACCACAAACAACACCAUUAACAAUAAAAAAAUCAUAAGACAGGCCUUACAAUUGCCGGCAAUCCCGGGCAAAUCAUUCACUCCAACGAGGUGGGGGAUGAAUGACGUUAGUCGUGUUCGGCAGACUCAGCCUCUUUCACCUUGAUUGUCAAUCAGGUGGAAGCACAUAGAUUCACGUUAGACUUCAAAUCAACGCAAGAGAACUUGCACGCAGUACAGAUUCCCACACUAGUUAAAGUGAGGAUUUGCCCUAACCACCGACUACAGCACUCUAAAUGUGUCUUAAAUUCAUUUUGUACCACGGCGUUUAGUAGGUUUUUUGCAGAAGAAUUUUAUAAUAAAAUAUAAAAACAUUUUCUGCUCUACCUCCUGCCCAAAUUUGUUGACAUAUUUGGUCACAUUUUCCUUACUUCAUUGAGUUUCAAAUAAAUGUGAUAAAAUUGCAUGCAUAACUGCAAUCACUUUUGUAAAAAAAGCAUUAAGAAGUUAAGGGCCCUUGAAUUUCCGAAUAAGCUUUAUACCAACUCAGAAGCUCUGGUCGCGCCGAAAAAUUUAGUUGAAUUUGCUUGUUUUGUUGGGCUGUCAAUUUCCCGGAGUUUGAUUCUCUGGCUAGAGAGGCUGGUCUCUGCUUUUGCAGGUAUUCGAGCGCGUUUGCCUUGUUGUCCACCCCGGACGCGUAAUUUAACUCUAUUCAUAGUUAUUUUUCACUCCAUGUAUAGUUUAAGAAUCUUUAAGUGGUAGGUUCGUCACAUCCAUGAUAACGGACGUCGACGUUCGUUGUUAAACAAGGAACAGCAUACAAUAGUAUGCUGUGACACGCGUUCAGUGAAAUAAGGUUUUAUUUGUGUGAUUGUUCUUAUCACAUUUCCCCCUUAUCCUACACGGAAAGUUCAAAUACUCGGUUGUAUGCGCCAACUGCGUAGAAUUCUUUUGAUAUUGCCGCCGGCACAACAGGAGAGCAAUUCUGAUAUAUCGCACCUGCCGCCACCUUUUUAACAGCAAAAAAUCUGACACCGACUCACACUUGUUAUGUCUGGACGCUCGCCGUACAAGUGGGCAACCAUGAAAGCGCAGUGACUCGUCACGUAUGCUAGUUGCGUCUUAGACGUCAGAUUAGGACCCUCUUUAGCAGCCACACUGCUUCUCCUGAUCUCCCGCAUUUUUAUAGUAGUUUUUGGCCAUGUGAUGAGUAAAGGCGAAUUUCAGACCCCAGGCGAUCUUUUGCAAGCAGAAAACAUUCUACUUGCGUCCUGGGUUCAAUGCCAAUCACAAUUUCCUCUGAUGGCCUCGUCGUUUCUUGCCAGUUGUUUUUGUUUCCUUCACAAACAUCUAUAUAUGUCUUUGUCUAUCCUCACUUCCUUAGGAAGACGCCCGCAGCGCUUACUGCACUUCCUUCGGACUGGGAGGUGAGUAUUCCGUGUGACUCUGGCUUGUCGGUAACCCUAUGAUGAGAAGUAAAAGGGCUGACUAGACUUGCUCCUUUUUUAGGGAACAGUCUUGAAUAUGAUAUAAGUAUGAUCUGAGGGCUCACACCCUUUAGUAUCUUAGUCAUUAUCACUUUGUCACGCAAUUCUGUUUCCUUUGUAGGGGUGGACCGUUUUCACAUCAGGCCUUUGGUACGUCAUCACAUCUUUGGUGCGAGAGCGACUUUUUCUUAACAGAAUCGCGGAAUGAUUAGUAAUAAAUGCUUAUUGAAUGGAGUUUGCUGUUCUGUUUAUAGUACGUGCUCUACGUGUAAUCAGGCCCUAUAAUUUUAUCCCCUCGUCCCUAUACGUUAACUCUCCAAACUUGGAAGCGUAGUCCUUUUGACUUUGAAUGGGAAAUGGAAGUAGUUGGUGCCACUGGAUCGUGGAUAUAGGUUAUAUCUCUCUGGGACAAAAAAAACAUGGAAGAGCAAGCGUGUGGUGAACGGGUUUCAGUCGCACGGAUGAUCGCUGAGCGAUGUCACGCCUGAUGGAUUUUAAAUCCAUUUAGAGGAGAUCAUAGACACGAGAAAGCCUAAAAAACAUCUUUUUACCUGUCUUCUUCUUCUCGCCAGUGCUCUCAAACUCGUUACCGAUUAAUUCCAAGUGACGGCACAGGGAAUUCCCGUCGAAUGAGGGUUCCCCAACAAUCACGGACUUGUUGGCUUCACGCUUUGAGCCAUACACAACAACCGUUGUUCAGCGUUUUGUACUACCUAAAGGUCUGCAAAUUACGCCUAUCACUUUCCCCUGUUAACUAAGCCGGCUGCGCCACCUCGAUCAGGGUCCAUAAGAGAUGACGCUGCAGGGGCUUUGCCCGACCAAGUCAUUUGGGACGGUGAACUUUCCCUGCACCAAGUAGUGUCCCCAUUCAGUGGCUAGGCCUCACUCUAGAGACGACCCAUUAGCCUGAAUCAGAGUAAUGUUUUCAGACAACAACUGUUAGCUGUGUGGAUACUGCGAUUUAGGGACACACAGAAACCACGUUUUAUGGUCGUGCAGGACAGUCUCGUACACGCACCUUUUUCGUUAGGACAUACACUUUCAGAACCGGCGAGACGCGUUGAGCGCAAGUCUUGGUCGGCCUCGCGUUUUUAUAUCAAUUAUUUACAUCACGGAGAGUCGGCUUAAACAAAGAAGUCGGCCACCUCGAGCCUUUUGCCUCCAUGUAAGCAGAGGGACUUCGAGGUGUGGAGCCCUCGAGGAUAGCCUUGCAUUUCGCAAUGUAUAGUCUCAGACCGACUAUGCGGCCAAGUCCGAAAAGUGUCCCUCGGCAUUAAAAAUAUGCAGGACUAUGUUUUGCCCUAUGUUUAUGUUAUGGCAUUCGAGGCCUUACCUAUCCCGUAGUUGAAGAUAACUGAUCAGAGGGCAGCAUCGACAGCACGGUACUCGUUUAUACGGUGUGCCCGAGUCUCAUCUGUAUGAACGGCCAGCAUACCUCGAUACGGUCGGUUUCAGGCAUACCACCUUCCCUAGAUUAUUCUUGUACAUUGACUAGUGUUCCGGCAAAAAUAUCGAAAAACUCCAUCAUUAUUGGAAGUGGUGCCCGUGUUCUAGUAUUUUUGUGAAGUUAGUUGAUGGUCCUUGCGACCUCUGUCACAACGAAAACUAAUUUGGUUUUCCUUUUCCUGUUUAGAUCUUGGGCUGUAGAAACUCCCUCGGUCAGACAGAAGUGUUAUGAAGGCGAUGCGGAUUGGGUUGACGCCGUUGUAGUCAUAGUAUACAGAUAAGGAGGGAUUGGCGAAAAGCACGUCAUUGAUUCAAUCUCACGGGGCAGGUUCGGUAUGGCGUGGACACUAGCAUCUUCUAUAGCCACUCAGUAAAAGCAGGACAAACCUUUUGUAAUCUGGUUUGUAGAUCCUCCUUAUCUUGCGUUCCGUCCAUUCGAAACCGCCUGCUCGGACUGUUGUGCAUCCUAUUGGGAAGGACAUUCCUGGAAUGCCCGGUUCAGUCAUGCUACCAUAUGGUGGGUUGGGCAGUCUAACUAAGACUUCGAGCAUCGUAACCGUCUAUUCAGGUAGUAGGGACAACCUUCUACGGUUUAAUCUUUACCGAACAGAAAAACAACUGGUAGAACUUAUGAACUUCGGUUCGAUAAGGUGCUUAUGACCCAUCUGGUAGACCUCAGUGGUGGACCAACUGCGCCAGGUGCGUCUGUGUGCAUGUUUGUGUUUCUGGUCCCAGCCGCUGGUCAGGGUUAUGAUUGGCUGAAUGAAGGCAAAAUAAGCCCGAAACAGUACUGUAUGAAUCUACCGCAUUCUCUGUCGCCCCUCCUCCCCACUUAUUUGUAUCUACGGCUGCUGAGGCCAUCCUGAUUUCAGGUGGGAUUUUCUAAUGAUAGCCGCUCUAAUCGGCCCUCAGUCAUCAUAUCAUCUAACAGCCCGGUAUUCUGUAUCUGAUGGUUUGGGCGCCUCGCGUGUAAUCUGCGACCUGUGCGGUGUUGAUUGUUAUCCGCUCUCGGGUUGCAAAUGCUGCGGCAUAGGCCACUGAAGGAGACCUCAGUGAUGGCGCUUCUGAAUACUAUCCAUUCUCACACUAGGUAGCGGAGUGCAUCGUGUUCAGGCGAAACAAAACGGCUCGCUGCGUCUUGCCUCAGGCGCCUGACUUCUGCUCACUUGACGCCGGUGUGCGUCGACCUUCCGAAACGGAAUAACAUUAGCUCCUGGUCCGGGGCGCGGCCUCACUCGCGAACGUUUGGUGUGUGUAGUGUGCUUGCUUCCUGUCUUUGUUUCUCACCUCGAGGAGUGGGAGAUUGCCGCGUCUCGCGAUUGUUUGCUUAUGUAAAUCUCCGUGGUGUGUACUGUCUCCCUUGGCACCCGAGCAUCAUGUCGUCAGUCUUGCUAGUCAUUCAAAAAAGGCUUAGGUCUACAGCUAUUGUCGUAUCGACUUCCAUUGAAAGAACACGCCGAGGACGUUGCCGCUGUAUCCAUCUCACUUAACUGCGACACUUGAUGCCGUCAGAAGGAGUAGGAGGCAGAAUUCCGUUUGCUGUUAGUCAAGUGUCGAAACAUGUGCCAGAACUGCUGUGGUUAAUUACUCCUUGUUUGGCCUAGACCUGUCUCAACCUGGCGAGCCCUUUGUUUUUCGUCUGGUAAGACGCAAAUGUUAGAUUGUGCCUAUUGCGUUCUAGACUUCAGGUGGUUUCCGUUCCUGUAACCUUGACUGCUCUCGCGCCGACCCGUGCAGUCGAGUUCGCGGUGGACAAGUACCUUAGAUACCGUAAUCCACAGGGGUACAUAUUAUGAACUUUUGGUUUGGGGCUUUACUCCCCGUCAGCCUCGACGUCCUGUCUUGCCACCAGUUGUUUUGACUCGGGCUUGCGGCUGGUAUUGGAGGCGGAAAAGGGUAAAACACGCUCAGUUCGAAUCCGGUGCUUGGUUUCCUCACAGUAAACCAAUGCCCUCUUGAGCUGUCGCGACGCACCAACAAAAGUGUCAUAGAAGGUUGCUAGCUGUUGCAUGCAAUUGUGGGAUCUCGUAACCGGGUUCUUCUAGAUAACCAAUAGCUGCUCAACAGAUAGACCUACAUAUACCUCUCGGCCUCAAGGCAAAUCCCUUUGAUUAAACGCGUCGUGCCCUUUCAUCCUUGAGAUAUGCCCUUAGGUAGUUUUCCUUUUAUUCUCUAAAUCUUCUGAGUCGACUACAAUCGACUUUCCUGGACGAGGCCUACUGCUUCAGUGGGCGAACGCACCCAAAUCUGUAGGUAAACAGUCAGUUUCUGGGGAUAAAACCGCAACUAAAACUUCAUACUGAAGAUGUGAUCCGUGGGCCGAAGUCGUUUUCAUCUAUGAAAGUGACACUUGUUGAACAUCUUGAGCUUUCGUGUAUGUUCAGCCUGGCUAGUCCCCACCUUUGUUUAUUUCACCGCUUUCAUAGCUGUUAACGUCGGCCAGUCAGCAAUCUAACUCCUAUGAUGGAUUAAGCAUGAGCCUUGAAUCCUGGGACUCGCUGUUCUUAGCCGGCAGUAGCACUUGAGCAAAGGUGUCUGGUUGCAACUAACGGGAUACUGAUUUUGCAGUGAAUAGACCUUCUUGAUGUUUGUUUGAGACUUGUACUAAAUUUGGGCGCUUUCUUGGACAGCCUCCGAAUGUCCUGUCUAUCCGAGCUGAAUCUGGGCCCUGCCUGCCCUCCGAGCGCCGCAUUCUCCUCUUGUCUACAUCCCGGUGCCCGCUUUGUCGGCAGCCAACUCUCCAAGGGCAAGAAAUACAACGUCGAGGCUGUCAUUCAGGUAUGUGGCGGGCCGCCAUCAUCUGUCUCCUUCAGACAACCAACUUGCCUGAGAAGACCUUCUAUGGUCUGCUAACAAUCGAACACCUGGCCGAGGAGGUUCCCAACUCCACUACCUUCUUCGAGGCCGAAAUUAUCAGCCGCAAGUUCCCCUUCAUCACCGGCAAGUGGGAUGCCACUGUGGAAAUUGACAGAAGCCACUGGGUGUGUGAGUGAUUUUUGUACAGCCUGAACGUUGAGGUUUUUUCCUUGCCCUCUUCAGAACGAAUUAAACGUGCCCUCCAAGUUUCCUGACUACUACAAGGACUCCUUUGACUACUCAGCCCUGGAGACCGCUGAUCACGUGUUUAUGCGCUGGAAGGUUAGUUUCUCUGAAUUCCCACGAAGGCACUUUUCUUCCAUCAGGAGAAGUUUCUAGUCCCAGAUUCGACGAACAGCAGCGCCAGUGAACACAUUUCCUUCUCCGGUUUCUACUAUGUUUGUCUUCGGAAGACGAGUGGCGUCCUCACGGGUUACUAUUAUCAGGGUACUUCAGAACGGUACUUCCUUCUCUAAGGUUCCUGCUUAUCUCACCCUUUUUUCAUUGCAGAUUUCAGCUUCUCGAGCUGAACUACGUGCCUCAGACUACCUUUUCAUCGUUUCAAAUUAUCUGA